AUGGCGUCUGCACAGCAGGUUCUGCUCUCCCCGGCAGAGCUCGCCUACCUCCACUCGACCCUCUCCCUCACGCCGCCCAUCCGCCCAGACGGCCGCAAGGCAAACCAGUUCCGCCCCCUGACCGCAGAGACGGGCAUUCUUCCCGGCACCAACGGCAGCGCGCGCAUCUGCUUCUCCGAUGGCACGGAGGCCAUCGUAGGCGUCAAGGCGGAGAUCGAGAAGACGGCCAGCCCGUUUGGCGCAGACGUAGAUGGCGAGGAGUCUCCAGAGACGAGGAAAGACGCGGGCAAGAAGGAGGAGGUCAAGGGCAACAAUGACUGGCUCGAGAUAACGGUCGAGAUCCCGGCCUCCAGGGAGGACGACGCCGCGACUGUUUUUCUUGCCAACAUGCUCAGCGAAGCGUUACUCGCUGACGGAGAGUUUACCAAGAAGCUACGGAUCAACAGUCGGUUCCACUGGAAGCUCUACCUAGACAUCCUCCUCAUCUCCCCGCCUCUAUCCUACCCGCUGCCCCUCCUCUCACUCACAACCCACCUCUCGCUCCUCGCAACCCGCCUCCCGCGCCUCAAGUCAGAGGGCGACGAAGACCCCAUGUUCGACGACGACUGGCAGGCCUCGACGUUCCUGUACCCCCGCGACGGCAGCGCACCAGUCAACGGCGGCUCGCGACCGCCCAUAACACUGCUCGUCAUCGCCGUCGGCGGCAACGUCAUCUUCGACCCCGCGCGCGAGGAGCUCGCCGUCGCGGAGUCGGCGUUGGCGGUCUCGGUCGCCGAGGAGAAGACAGCCGCCUCGACUGGCGGAAUGGACGUUGACGGUCGCCAGCUGAAGCUGCUCUCCGUGCGGACGGUCGACCCGCCUUCGAGGUUGACGGCGCCCGGCGUGCCCAACUCUGUGAACCCGGCUACCGGUCUUGCGGGCACACCGUCAAAGGCACCGGCAGUCCCGGCGGCUGCGCAGGGACAGGCCGCGGAGGGAGUUUGGAAGCCGCCUAUAGGAGGUACCAAGGUACACGUGAUUGAGGGGAUGAUCUCCAAGGUUCUGGAGAAGGGGGGCGUCGCGGACGAGGUGCUGGAGGCGAUUGCCGCGGUAGAGCUGGCCUAA